AUGUAUGUAUGUAAACGUAAUAUCAAUACAGAAGGCCCCAACACCGACGCCGAUACCAGAACAUUAACAGACACACAAGCACACGUGAACAAGCGCAGGAAAUUAGAGAACGGGCACACAGCCACAGACACCAACGUAGUUGUGGUCAGUCCCACACCCACGAACUCAGCCAUUGGCAGUGCCAAUGCCUCGCCCGCUGGAGAUAGGGACGAUGGCGCUGAAACGACAGGUGAGAAAAUAACGUCCGCUGGUGAGGUAGCGGCGUCUGCGGGGAGUAAGUGGGAGGACGAUGAGUCCGAUGGGGAUACGACGAAAAGCACAGCAGUUACUCAGGUGGCCGCGAGUGCUGUGGAGGUAGGUAAGACCGGGGAGGUUGCGGUCACGGUUGUCAUGGAAACGACCGAGACCACCGAGGCGGCGGAGGUGCCGUCACGGCCGAAAUGGGCCGACAGCGGCGACGAGGACAAUGGCGGAAACCCAGAAACGAUCUCAGAUUUUAAAAUGGCGGGAGAACCAGCCAAUCAAAUGGAAGAAUCGUCGCGUAGCAAAUGGGAAGACGACACCGACAUUCCGG